AUGUCGCGCUUGCUAGAAUCGAUCAAGUUCACGGUGGGCUGUCUGUACCGUAUACCUAUCCGCAAGCCCGCGUCGCUUGACCGACUCAAGCAUAAAACGUCGCUUGAGUCCUACUACCAGCAUUUCGACGUUUUAUAUGUGCAGGACAAGUUUCCAGCACUUGAUCUCAACGUUACCACCAGACUGGGCAAGUUGAUCACUCGUCGCCGCCAGGUUCUCAAAUACAGAGAAGAUCAUAAGGAGAGCUUGCAUACUGCGCGUGUGCAGCCUCGAGAAAGGCAUCUACCGGCAUCGGAGCUCUUGAAAACAGGAGCCAUUUACCCAGGCAUUUACACGGACUUCACGAGUCCGCCGAUGGAGGCUGGAGUGGCAAUAAGCCAUGCAACGAGCAGUCAGUUCACACUGCACUCGAAGGCAACUACUCUCAGACCUGAUGAUAUUGCGCUCCUCCUUCAGGAAGCUAAUGAGACGCCUACUCUCUCUGCUCCCUCCGUCACAGAAUCGAAAUCGUCCAUGGCUUCGAGCUAUACGGGAGAGGAUCUGCAGGUCAACGUUCCAACUCGCCCAACGGAUGAGCAGGGCAACCAUCCAGAGUGCUUCGAAUGUCCGUACUGCUUGAUCGCAAAAAACAUCACUUCAGAACGCAGCUGGAAGAAACAUGUGUUUGAAGAUCUCCAGCCAUAUGUGUGCACGUUCGAUGAUUGCGACCUACCGGACCACUUUUUCGCGAGCCGCGAUGAGUGGUUCCGCCACGAAACUCACCAGCAUCGCGUCAAAUGGUCAUGCAAUACCGACCAUCACCCGGAAUACGACACGCAAACAGAUUUCUUACUACAUAUAGAAACAUGCCACCAUAAGGAGAUCGACGUCAAAAACUUUGAGAUCCUAAGGGAUGUGUUUCGCCAGCCUUCCAGGGAUGUUGACGGAGUCUGUAACCUCUGUAUGCGAUAUUCCAAGAACCUCAAAACCCGUGUAUCUCGACACCUAGAGGAGAUGGCCUUGUCCGCUCUCCCACGCGCGAAUGAUGCGGUACGAAGCGGGUAUGCGGGACAAGCUACCAAUGCAUCGAUGCCAAAGAGAACGAAGGAGAGCAAAGGCAAUAACCACCCAGAUGACGAGGGCGAAGAGAUGUCAUCUUCGAGAAGCAAUGAGCAUGGGUUCGAAGGACUACAGAUACUAGAAGAUAAUAGCCUAGAGGACCUGCAUCUCGAGGACGACUAUGAACUAGUGGCUGAAUUAGCAGCCAUACCUGAGACGACCGAGCAGCAUUGGGAUGACGUAAUGGAGAAAUUUUCACGCGCCAGAGCACGAUCUUAUCGGCCAUUGAAUGUUCUCGUCCGUGGGGAGUCGGAAGUCUCAAAGAUUCUCUUAAGGACCCUGCUGGAAAAGAUGCGUUGCAGGGUAUAUGAAGCGCUUGAGGGGACUACUUUCGACAUCGUCAUUGUAGCGUGCCUCUCAACCCAAGAGAGUCCGUCGUCCGCAAUCACCGGGAGGGACGUUACCACCUACAUAAGAAACAGCGAAAGCAUCAAUCCUAAUACUCCGGUCAUUGUGCUCACGCGUCCUGACGCUAGGCAAUCCCUUUCCGAUGACUUGGAGCGCAUGGGCACGGCUGCCGCGCUCCUUGACAUGCCGCCAACUAAAAGCCAACUGGAAGAGGUGCUGGGCAGAUUAUGUCAGUGGGAGCCACAUUCACCCGAACCGAGUCCGGAAACUGAUAUACGUAUGACGGAACCCGGAAAUGAAAAAAGCUAUAGUACGGACGUCGGAGACCAAGAAGCUCAAGAAUGGGAAAAUGAACCUGGCCAGGCUCAUGACAAUGAGCUUCAGGGCGACAUGAAUCAAGAUGCGGUCGAUGCACGUUUUAUCGAGGAGUGGACAGCUGGAGCACAAUGGUGGGAGAACGCCGAAAUCCAUCGGCAACUCCUACUCACCAAACAGAUCGAGAUUCUAGGCAAUUUCGUACAAGACGAGGGAGACUCUGCAACGAAUGAUAUCAGUGCCGUCAUUGUGACUGUCAGGGAGAGAUUGGAAAGUGCGCAGCAGGCCAUACAAGACUGGGAGAUGUUCCGAGAUGCAUUGGAUAGCACCUGGAGCUCGAUUUGCGGAUAUUCAUGGCGGAAAGUACCAGAAUGGAAUGAUGCUCGGAAGAGGCUCUGGGCCAUGAUUACUCGGGAGAGAGCCCAACUUCCAGGCUAUCCUCAUCUUCAAGACGGCGACAUAGUGUGCAUUACGCACAAGACGACCGGCCGCAUAGAGUAUCCUGCGCUUCUAAACCCCUGUGGAGAGUGGCAAUAUCGAGUCCGGUGGGAUUUUGGUGGCUUCUCUGGGUGGCGAGGAGUUGAGUUAAAUUUCAAGAAAAGACCGCAUGAUGUGCCUUCUUACGCCGGGGGGUUCCCUCCCUACAUUGACGCGCGACAACUCCGACCUUCAUCAGAUCUCGGCUACAAACCUCCGGAGUCUUCCUCUGACCAAAAGUUACGGGAUAACGGCUUUUAUUCUGUAGAGUGCAUUGCGCCGUUACUUAGGGCACAAAUCGAAGUCCUGGCGACUCUUCUCCAAAGCGAGAUAAAACUACCAACUAUCGACUGCCCUUGCUGCCAUGGAUCUAGCAUGACUCCUUGCGAUUGCGGUUCUAGAGGAUGUAGUGAGUGCGAAAUGGGGAAUGGUCUGGUCCUAUGCCGCGUGUGCGACGGCGCCGGGGAGAUCGAUACUACUGGAGAUGGUUUUCGAAGAAGGCUCCGCUUCCAGAUACUGAGGUCUCGAGUUAUGAAGCUCCUGAAUCAUCUCAAACUUUCAGACUUCGCGUACUUGAAAUGGAGAACAUUCGCAAAGGUCGUUUUGGAUCAAAUUACUGCACUGCUGAAUGGGAAUCCAACAAAUGCUAAGUCGGCGGAAAUAUCAGACUUCACAAUGAUGUUUGAAAACUUGAUUCAGGAAAAAGGGCUUGCGCACCCGGAUAAGCCGGAUUUUGAGAUUGGUGACCUCGUCGAUCUCCAGGGCCCUGAAUGCGAAGGGAAACCGUUCAACUUCUCCAAUAUUUCUCCUGCACGAGUCAAGAGCCGGUGCUACGAGAUAGUGAACGAGCCCAAGGCCACAGUGCCGAGUUGGAAGUAUGAGAUCACAUGGCAAACACACCAGAGACCGCAGUGGCAUUGGCUCCCCGAGGCCUCUCUUCAUGCCUCAUGUCUGCUCGAACUUGAACCACACUGCACCCGCGGUGAGUUCGACGUCUACGAAAGAGCGGCGUUCAGCCCAUAUCUCUGUUUAUCGGACGAAUGCUCUUUGAGCUUCCAAACAAAUCAGGAUCAAUUUGAUCACCAACAUCAGGAGAACAGAUCAACCUGCAAUGCAGAGGCAGUUCCACCAUCCAGAGACAAUGCUUCGAUUCCUGAAUUUAAAAAGCGGUAUCAAUGGUUUUGCCGUCGUGAUUGCUGCGGUGCCUAUUUCGAGGACGAAGCUGGUCGCACCCACCACGAGAAGGGUUGCGAAUAUGGACGCUUGAGGGAAAUGAUUCGCUAG